AUGAUGGUUAACGAUUCCAACGGCCAUGUGAAUAACCAGAGCCGGGCAAGAGAGGCAUUCUUCACACACACGGAGGUGAUAGGAUGGUGUUUUGCGUUUGGUAUUGUCGAUAUGCUCAUUGUGAUGAGCAAUACCCUCGCUAUAGUCGUAUUCACGCGGAGCAAGUUGCUACGGAAACGCACAAACUACUUUUUGCUGUGUCUGGCGAUUGCAGAUAUGAUGGUUGGUACAAUAUCAUUACCGAUAUUUGUACAUACUCUCGUUCUUUACACAAGAGGUGAAGAAUUGGAAAGCGCGUGGAUCAACGUACUUCAUAGAUUAUUGGACAUUUUUUCAGGAUUUGCUUCAAUCUUUGCACUAACAACUAUUGCAUUGGAACGUUUGUACUCAGUGGUUCUACCAAACUGGCAUCGAACUACACCAAGUUGUCUGUAUUUUAUCUUGAUAAGCAUGAUCUGGAUUCUGGCGGGCGUGCAUGUGUGUGUAAAAGUGCUCGUGAACGAGAAGAUGAUCUCAAGCAACAUAUUCUUGUACCUUAUGCUUGUAUCUUUCUUCAUUUGCGUGGUGGUGAUUUGUUUGGCUUAUAUCGGCAUUUGGUUCAAGGUUAACCAGAGGAUACACGAGAAAACGAAGAAAUCGUUGGAAAAAGACAAGAAACUAGCAACAACACUUUUUCUUGUGUCAGCUAUUUUCAUUUUGACUUGGUUCCCAUUCCAAGGCAUCAACAUCUUCAUUCCAACGUUGUGUGAAAAUGGAUGCACUUUAUCCAUUCUGACUCUCGUUUUCCUCACUAAAUUGAUGCAAUAUAUGAACUCGUUCAUCAAUCCUAUUAUCUACACCUUCAAGAUGCCUGACUUCAGGCGAGGUCUUCUAGCUUUAUUUGGAAAGAAAGUUUUAUAUGGGGCAUCGACCCGAGCUACUUCGAGGAUGUUAUCUGAGCGACGCCGAAGAGCAAGCACGUUACGAUCUAGUGAAACAGAGGCAAACGGCAACUGUGAGUGUGCGCUGUAACAUUGUAGUGUGAUCUUGAAAGACUGUUCUAUAGGAGCAGUAUCGUUUCAGUUACUAUCCUGAGGGAUGAAAUGUAAUGAUUUGUAUCUUAAAGGAUUACUAUCCAAGACUUCGCCAGGGCACGCGGGCGAUACCAUUGUGUCGAGAUCUUUGUACAUGCGCACAACUGGGCUAUCCCAAAGUCUCCACAAUCUAUAUAAUCAAUCUUCCACAGGGAUCAUCGCUUAAAACCGAGGCCUUACAAUGUUUGAAAUCUUUUUGUAGUCUCUUUUUAAUUUGCGGGUUUGACAACUUUGAUGAGGUUUGCCUUACUCUCGAGCUGAGGUAGAGACAGUGGUGUUCCGUUCAAAGCGGACACUGUACACUAUGCAUUUCUAAAAAAAAAAAAAGAAGCAGUGGAAUAAGUUCGCUAAUUCCAAUGCCGACUUUUUCGUUCAUAUGUCUUGCUUUUUUUGACUUUACUUUUUGUUGAAGAAAGAAACCUCGAGGUAGAAUUACAGCCUUUAUAUUCAAGAAACUUUUCUUCCAAAAGGCGUGGAUUUUGAUUGGUUCUUCAUUUACAAAAGAUGUCCAAAAAAUUUAUCGAGUAGCAUAAUACAACAUUCUUCAUUCUUGAAGGCACGUUUUUGUGUGGACGCUUACCGGCAUUUCGGUUUCGUACAAGAAUUUUCUGCCUCAAAUUACCCUGAAUAGUUCCUUUGGGUCUUUAGCAAGAAGGUGUGCAAACUAAAGUAAAUGUUUGGUCUUUCGCUACCAAGAAAUGAAUGUGAGGCAAGCGUUCCUUCAAUUUACAUGUACUUUCAGCAACUCCAAAUCAAAGACGUCUUUUCCUAAGUUUUAUGUCUAUCCUCUACGGUAUUUUGUCCUUGUGGACGUACUCAGUUAAUGAAAAUAAUUUGCACUUAUUAUACAAUAUGGAAUUUGUUUACAUUUAAAACAAAGGUACAACUGCACUAUAAUAGUUCAAGGAGGUUCCACUCUAGGAGUGAAUUGAUUAGGUUAUUUUUUUGGAACAAAACUGACCUUUCUUUCAUUAGUCAGGUGUAGAAUCUCGUCCUUUGAAAUCUAACGGAUUAAUUUGUAAGACUUGGUCGAGUCCACGGUUUAUGCUGGCGAGAAUAGAGAUUCAGGGAGAGAUUAGAAUUAAUACUUCUUUUAUCCUUUUCACCCUGACAUCAGUAUGCAUAUCCUCCAUUCUGGUCACUAUACACUUCCUAAGGUGCUGACAAGGAGAAUUUGUUUAUCAAUCAAGAGCUAUUCUAGUUGGAGAUCAUUUCCUUUAUUCUCGUGACCUCAGUAUAUGAUUCAGAAGUAUUAUAGCGAGGAGAAUUUAGAUGCUAGUCACUCUUAGGGGUCAAAGGCUAAAUGUACACGGGAAGUUAGAUGGUUGGCCUCGCUAAGUGAAAUCAAAAUAUACAUGGCUUAAUGUACAUAGCCGUAGCAAUGUAGCUAAAAUAUCAUUCUAACACAUGUUAGUGCUGAGAAUUUGUCUACUCUCCAAGUUUUAGACCGAGGAGGAAAAAGACAUAAGCAAUUUUUGGUUGCAAAGCUUUAAAAUUUAUAUGUUUAAUGAUAUUUUUGGAGUAAUUAAUUUGUCAUCAUAAAUUUCACCGCUCAGCUGUUUUGGUCAAGGGGAGGAUCAGCAUACUGUUUCCUCUAUCUUCGAAAUAAGUUUGAAACAUGAGUGUCAAGGUAUGCUUCGAUUUUUUUAAAUGUAUUAGAAUUGAAUUAUAGUAUAUACGAUUUUAACUUUGUAAAUUUAUUGAAUUCGACAACGUAACGGUAAUAAUGAAGUGCAAUGGUACUGUUAUGAUGAAAUAUUACUUUGACUUAUCUGAAUUAAAAAUAAGAUUACAAUGUACGUAGGUGAUGUUUCCUUUUUUUAAAAUGAUAUUGAUUAUGCAUAUUAUAGUUCCAUAGCCUAGUUUUUUUUCUCUAAUGCGUCCUUUAAUUCGUCCAACGGGCUAAGAAAAUGCAUGUUGGCAUGACCUGGAUUUUUUCGCCAAUCGCUGUCCUUCCAUAAUUACACCUUUAAGUCCCAGAGGUGAUUAACUUGUAACUUCUCCCCACAGUAUCUAUACAUUAUCCAGCAAACAGGUAGUGAGAUUACGCAAACUUAUCUUGAUUGAACGCCAAAUUCUCGUAAUCAAUUUAUAAGAAAAUGUGUCGCAGCUGGAGGAGAGCAUUAAUAAUCAAAUCUUGAUAAUUAAAGGGUCAAAUGAUAAGCUGAAUUCAUAAGUUUUUUGAUUGAUUCUUACUAAUGAAAUAUCAGAGGGCAGACACAAUGGACGUCCUUAUCAACUUCUCGUGUUUCUUUGUUAUAUAAAUCAAAAAUAGAUUUAAUGUUGCCGUGUGUCUGUUCAUUGUUAGAUCACUACUCUGACGUACGUGGUGCUUUCGAGCAUCUGUGCGCCUCAUAUGCUGCCUUUUUUCCUAAACAUGUGCCAGGCGACGUGGAAUCUUUUGCUAACUACGACACUAAUUUCAAGGUCGCCCCUUCACUUACGGCCACCUCUCUACAACUGCCACUUCCUGGUCUAACGUUUCGAUUCGACUCAAGUUAACGGUACAAGAUUCAACAGAAUACCAUCGUUUACAUGAUAUUUUUCACAGUUUAUCUACGAGUUCACCAUAGUAUCACUUUGAUUUCCUUUUUCCGUCAUUAUCGGUGAAAUGUGAAGUUGAUACCUGGCAAAAGGCCAGUCAGAGGUAUCUCCCAAAAGAGAAAGAUGAUCUCAACUCUACUACUCAGCACGUUGCUCCUUAACCAUAAUGACAGAAGUUUAGUCGAAUGGCUCGAGAACUGCGUUGUACGAUAAAAUAAUUAGUACAACUUUUUCGCCAUUGCAGCCAAUUUUUUCUCUUCCUGAUGAAAAGCAAAGUCAGUGUGUGAUUUACAACCUUAACAAUCUGACCACCGGAUCAGAACUUCAUGAACUUCAUGGCCUACCUGGUGCAGGUGUUACAUGGUGUCUUGUUGAAGAGAUUUCUUAAGUCAUUAAGCAACUGUAAUUUUAUAAAAGUAGGCUUGCAAAAAUAUUGUGCAAUUUGCCUGAGUUUUUAUAACACACUUCGAAAGCACGCUUAGAGUAUUAGUAUAUUCUAGGUACGUAAGGGCUCGUAAGGUAAUUGGGCUCGUGCAAUGCCGAGAUUUGCUGUUAUUGAAUCAAAAAUCACUCCCCUAUUAGCCUAAGCAUCUAAAAAUUCCACUGGAACGAAGAAUGAUUGGCUGGAGAUGGGGAAAGAAAACAUGCCUCCAACCUUGAAAGGUUCGGCGGCUGGUUUCCAGUUCCGGUUUUGUCUAAAUGAAAAAAACCUUUAGUGGUUCUAGACUGUGGUUGAUUUACUUCGAAUCCAGCCGUCACUAACGGAAGUCGUUUACAGAUUGUCUCGAUGAUACAUCACUCACGCUGAUUUUUCUUAAUUCAAAGCUGCGCUUUGGUUAAAAUCAUCCACUUACAUCAAUUGUUUUUCUCCAAAAAUUUCACUCUUGAUCGCUCUCUGUUGAAAUCCCAGCUGGAAUAUACCAUUACCUCAGAUAUCUCAGAAAUUAUGAAUUCAGAAGAUUGCAGGAUAUAAAAAUUUUCGGUGUGCAAGCUUCUAAGGGUUAAGUCAACUUUGAAAUUUUUAAAUCCAGGGUAAUAUAUUCUUACCAGAAAACAAAAAACUCUAAAUGAAACAAAAUAAUUUGUGCCGUGCUGAAUGGUAAAAGAGAGAAUGUUCUAGAAGGAAUUAUGGUGUACGCUCCAUGCCUUCCGAACUCUCAGAUUUGACUGAAGUUAAGAACGCAUAUUAUAAUCUAGGUUUUCGAAAUAUUAAACACAAACCAGCGAAGAAAUAGGAAAACCCUGCCAAAAUUUUCGGUACGGUGUACGUAAAAACAGUAAUAAUUAACUGUAAACAAAACUACAUAAAGACAGCGAAAAAUUCCGUUGAAAAAUUAGACCGGUUUUCAAUAAUAAUUGUAAGUCAGAUCUGAUUACAUUCAGGUGACCAACCAAAACUGCUUGAGAUACUUAAGACAAAGGAUUGUAUAAAUACCGUGGGGUUGAAAACAAAAGUCGAAGCUUGGUCACAGUGUAUGCAAAUAAACAUCGCCAGCGUCAAUGUAAAUUAGCAAGACUACUUAAUCCUUGAAGUUCAUCAUUUGGCGAUGCUCCAGCGUGACACUAGAAGCAGCAAGGAAGCUUGAACUCUUCGAAGGAUCGAGAAAAAGAAAACAGGAAACACUACACUGGAAAGCGAAUCUAAUCGACCAAAAUUCAAGUACGUGCUAUAUCACUAGAUAUUUCCAACUUAUUGAAUGAUUUAUAGGGGUCUAGAAUGGGAACUCAAACUCGCCAAGAAACCGAGACACUCAAAGUAGUAAUUUUGCACGCAAGAUCGAUUAACAAAUCUUGAAACAUUCAGAGUUUCCCGAGACCGAUUCUGAGAAUUUAAAACCUUUGGAUUAAAGGAUAUGAAGUGCAGUUCUCACGAAUUCACGGGGAAAAGUACCGUGAGCAUAGGCUUCUAAUACAGUCAAUACAACCGAAAGAUAUUUCGAAUACCGUGGAGAAAAGUAAAUAGUUGUGAAUGAUCGUUCGAUUUAUGGUAUUCAAAACUCCACAUCCAUCGACAGAUUUGCAAUUUUGAUUUUUUUUUCGGUUUUUCAAUGUGAGCAAGAAACUUUGGUAGAUCAUAUAUCUGGUAUUAUAAGCAACUUUUCUCGAGUAUUCCAUAUUUACUCUAGUACGUUUUUGUGACCUGAGAGCAAACGAAAAUGAUUACCUGCCUAAUUAAUUCUUUAUUAUAUUGGCUUUACAGAAUUAAAAUUGUUUGGGUCAAAUCCCAAUUAUGAUCCAUAAAAAUUUAAUUGUUCGAUACAGCGAGGGGGAUUCAAGCCAGACUAGUUUUAUCUGAUUUCUUGAUGAUCUUAGCAAUAAGCUUUCAGGUGCAUGGACAUAAGAGUAUUUGCUUCUCAAAAACUAUACGCCAGACUCAUUUUAAUUCAACCAAUCAAUCUAACCUAUGCACACAAUAAAUUUUUUAUCAGCGUCUUGAAAAGAUUUUUGAAAAGCGUUGAAUCCUGCUGUUGUCUUCUGCCAGUGAUCAAUGAAUUUUCAAAAAGGAAUCCCGUCAGGUGCCAAUCUUAAUGUGAAAGGAGUUGAAAGCGCUAUUUACUUCAAAAAAAAGUACGAUAUAUACAUAUUUGUAUUCUAACAGUCACUACUCAAGACAGAAAAUUUAACUUUUGGAAUCAUCUUGAUUUCAUGGUCUAAAAUUCAAUUAAGCGUCUAAGUUCACCCUCCAAUGAAAAUACCCAAAGCCACUAUGCAUCACAAUGAGAGCUAUACAGCUGUAAGUGUGAUCUUGAAUUAUGCACUUUCACAUAAAUCAUGGCCUGUAUGAUGCUCUUUGGACGUUCAAUUAGUAAAGUUUUACAUUAUUUUCGAGACUAUGACAUUCAAUUGCGCUAGUUGAGGGGAAAUAAUUUUUCAUUUUGUUUAUUAUUAGGACAGGAAGUUUUCUAUGUUUUUUAAUUAAGCUUGCUUCAAAACAAUUUUUUUCGUCAAGCUUACUUGCAAUCUUUUAGAGUCUCUUUUGAAAUAUUUAUUAGCAAAAAUAAUAAAAUGACAUCUCGGCAUGGUUCUCCUUUCAUCUUUCAACUUUUCUCGCGAAUGUUCCACAUAAGAAAUUCAUUGCAAUAAGGUUUGUUUUUAAUGAUCAAACACUCCCUUACAAUUUUAUUUGAUACUUAUAUUUGCAUCUGACAGGCUGAAAUUGAUGUUGUUGGUUUUCAAGUGUUAAAGGAAGUCACAAACCAUUUCUGACUGGGCUCAUCGAGCUUCUGACAAUUUUCCUUUCAAAUAAUCCAGAAAAAGGUAAUAGCAAUUAAUUUUCAAGAGAAUCGGUCAUUCAUUUCUUUUCCUCGAUAUCUUUAUUUGGAGAAUAGAGCCAGAAAAUAUUCGCAAAAAAUAAAACAAAAUCAUGCUUCUCGCUGAGGAAAAACCUUUAGCAACACAACUUAAUCCAUACUGCUCAUUCCGAAUUCGACCAGCAUCUAAGAAAAAAAAGGACAUUUGUUUAUCCAUGUUAGUCAACUGCUGUUGAAUCGUUUUCUUCCAUUGAGUCAUCUACUGACUUAUGAGCAGCUACAAUUAUUUAUCGAUCAUUUAUCCAUUUAUUCAGUUGUUGGGCUAUCAAUCCAUCUACUCCUUAUCACUUCCUCCGUUCAUUGAUCGUCCGUUUACUCGUUUCAUGCUAAGGGAACCUAACCUGGAAAUGGUAGAAAGUUUUCAAGAGAGAUUGUUGCUGCAAAAACUAUUAGCAUUUUUAAAGUUGAACCGAUUAGAGUCAAAAGAGAACGCCUCUGGUGUAAUUUAAAUAGUUCGUGUUUAUUCAGGCAGUUCAUUGGAUAUAUGAUAAAUACUUCAAUCUUGCUCAUCUUUUCGUCCCCUAGGGUUGAAUAUGGUCAAGAAGGUGAUUGCGGACUCGAAUGACCUCAAAAGUCGACCUCUUAAAAGUUAAUUUAUUCUUUACUGUGUUUCUAUCGUUUCAGUAUGAACGUCACACGAGUCACACCAAAUUUGCGAUCUGUCAAUAGCACCUUUAACCAGGAUCCAGGCAUGGAAACAUACCAGCUGAUAAUCCUAGUGGUGUGUUAUUCCAUUGUGUGUCUCGCCAUUUUGACCGUUAACUACCUCAUGGUGCGAGCCUUUAUUACAAAUCAAUCGCUACUAUACCAUCAGAGAUACUUCCUGGGCUACCUCGCCUGCGCUGAUCUUGUGGUGGGACUGGCAUCGAUACCAACCUUCUUGUACAACAUGACUAACUGGCCAAGUUACAGCUUUUACAUCUAUGAAGCAUCUGACUGUGCCUCUGGGUUUGGCUCAGCCGGCAUUCUCGUGGCUCUAUCAGUACAAGCAUUACGUUCAACAUUCAGGUCCCCGACUCGGUACGCAGGUUAUCCUAAAAAGCGCAAUUUUUAUCUCGUCAUCGCGGGCUCGACGUUUAUUGCUGGUGGUGCUGUGGCCUUUAAUGUUGCAUGUCUAAUGGAUUACGUUUCAUUCUUCGUUUACUUCUACCUAGCAGUUGGUUUACUCGCUAUAACCGCCCUCUUCCUUAUCUUCACGUGCACAGUGGUAAUAGUUUCUCAGCUGUAUGGCAAAGUGCGUGAAACUGAUCGCGACGAAGACAAAAAAAAUGUAAAAUCAGUGAUAGCAUCAUGUGCUGUUUAUGUAGUUUUAUGGGCCUUACCUUAUACAGGUUUUACAUAUUAUAAAUUUUGUAACUUUUGUGUCCCUGUUUCCAUAAUGUUUCUGUACAGUGUUAGAAUCGUUUUGUAUCUGAAAUCAAUUUUAAUGCUCGGAUUUUAUUUCUAUACCAUCAGUUCACUUCAUAGAACUGUGAAGAAAAUCCUUACUUAUGACUGUCUUGGAAUACCGAGAUAUCGCUACACCAGAAAAAAUUAA